GGGCGCCGGGGCCUAGAGGGGCCGAAGCUGGUACCUAAGGCGGAGCUGGGUCGUGGAGCGCACGCGCACGCGCACGCGCACGGCGGGCGUCCGUAUGGCGUCGGCCCAGCGGUCUCGGGUCCUCCGGUGCUGCAGUUGCCGUCUCUUCCAGGCUCACCAGGUGAAAAAGAGUCUGAAAUGGACGUGCAAGGCUUGUGGAGAGAAACAGUCCCUCCUGCGGACCUACGGUGAGGGCUCUGGUGCUGACUGCAGACGCCAUGUCCAAAAAUUAAAUCUGCUGCAGGGACAGGCUUCCGAGCUGCCAUUCAGGUGUGUGAACCCUGCCAGUGAAGUGCGUGCCACUGAAGAUGAUGCAGGCCAGCCACAGGAUGAGAAUCGCAGUCUGCAGGACCAUGCUGGCCUGCUGGGAAUGGAGCUACAAGUCAGCCUCUGGAACUCUUCGCACAGCCACACCAGGGAGCUUGGUGGUCCUCAAUGGAAACCAGGUCCUGCGUCCUACAGUAAAGCUUCAUCUUCUAAGUGGGCACGAUUUCUCUCAUCACCUGGAAACAGCUCACAUGUGGACACAGAGCCAGCAAGACCACUCCUGAGGGGCCCCAGUCCAACAUAUGCUGAGCAAGAGACUCCUGAGACUGAAACCUCAGGAAAAGUUUGCUCAAGUUGGCCGCUUGCCACCAUCCAGCUUCCUCAGGCCACAUGCAGCCCAGAGAGUCCCAUCAGGAAGAACCUCGAGGGAUCAUGGGACACAGCAACUCCUUGGGUGCAGGCAAAGCCUUUGGACCAAGAAACACAGAAGGCCCCAUCAGUGAGCCCAUGCAACCUCUUUACAACUGGGGAAGACUUUGAUGAUGACCUGUGAACUGAGGUCAUCACUAGCUCUCUCAUUUUUAGACUACAUUCUGACACAAGAGCUUGAGUCCACAAUUAUUAAAACAUUUUUCACUGCAACCAGUAAAGGACCGCAACCUUGAUUAAAGUGUUUAACCUAA